UUUCACACCAUUAACACUCCGCUUUGAAGACUGAGAGAUUUCACUCCGUACAGAUUCCGCUUUGAAGACUGAGAGAUUUCAACAGCUGUGCGUGUAGAAUCCUGAAGAUGGAUGCUCUACCAGAAUUCCAGACUACAAGCCACGUAGGACCGAAUGGGAGAGUGGUGAAAGAAUACUAUGUUAAAGGGCUCCACAUGAGUUUAGAUGAUGUGAAGAAGAAACACAGGAACCAGUACACAGAUAAAGAUGUGGUUCAGCCCGGUGGUGAGGCAACAAACUACAGUACCCAGGUGCCACAUUACCCUCGACCUGUAGAGUUCCGUGUGACUACAGUGGCUCACGUUACUGUUGAAAAAGGCCUGCACGGUAUUAUGGGUAACGAUGGGUUUCAGAUAGGGGAGAGUGGCCUCCUCUGGUGGGGGCUUGUGAUUGGUGAAAAGGAGAUCUCUGCUGCGGAGCAGAGGUAUGUGGAGAAACUCUUCCCUGAUCGGAACCCAGAAGAUCAAGAGCCUUUCCUGCAGAAGUUCGCCACCUCUCCUGUGUUCAAAGAUGGGUCUCGCUAUGGAAACUUCAAGUUCACUUUCUCACUGGCUGAUGUUCUGCUGAAGUACAGCACACAGUUCUGUGGAGGAAAGGAUCCCGUCUUCAGAGUUUAUAAGACUGCAGUCUACAGUCAGGAGGUCAUGUACACUUUGCUGAUUCAUAGUCCUGAUGUUCAUGAUUAUGAUGUUUACCCAGAGCUGGUUAAUAAUGAUGAGGCUGUGUGUGCCUACAGGGAUGGUGAGAUCAUCUGGCGUGCUCAAGCCAUCUCUGAAACACACAAGUUUAAACUGGUGGAGAACAGGGAGGAGAAACUAGUGCGUGCAGAACAAAGUUUGAAUGUGUUUUAUGUGUGGGACCAUGUGACCCUGGCCUUUCAUAUUCCAAAAGAUGAAACUCUCUCCAUCCCUCAUGAGGAGCUAGUGGAGGCUCUCACCUCCUGUGAUGAAAAUUAUCCUCCAGUGAACGGUCCUCUAAUGGGUAAAUCAGAUGCAGAGGAGAGAGUUCAGAAAUAUAAGAAUUUAGAGAAUAGAGAGACUUCUAACAUGGAGUUCUAGAAUAUCUUCACAGCUCCAAUUUAACAGCCUGUCAAUGUAUUCUCUCACAACCACUGCUGAAAUGUAUGUUUGCAAUCUCCAGUAAUAUCAUAAAUAACACUUUUAACACCAA